AUGACGAAUGUGAUAAAUUCCACACAGGAUCUAGUACAUAAGGUCUACGACUACUAUCUAUGGACAUUAUCCUUAUCAGACGCAAGGACUAAAGGAUGGCCUCUGGUGGACUCACCUGUACCCACUCUAUUCUACAUCGGGGUAUAUCUCUGCAUAGUGUGGGUGGGGCCGAGAGUUAUGGCGAAGAGGAAACCACUCCAGCUAACAUGGCUAUUGAUACCUUACAACUUGUUCAUGGCAUUAUUGAACGGGUACAUCGCAGUAAAGCUAUUAACAGCAUCUACAAGACUGAGAUACAGCUAUAUAUGUGAACCUUGUAGACAGAAGUAUAACGCAGAUGAAUUACAAAUUGCUGAUGCAGUUUGGUGGUACUACUUCUCGAAACUGCUGGAAUUUUGUGAUACGUUUUUCUUCAUAUUGAGGAAAAAGGAUAAUCAGCUCACCUUCCUCCAUGUCUACCAUCACGCUACCAUGUUCGCCUUUUGGUGGAUUGGAAUCAAAUGGGUACCCAGUGGAUCCACAUUUUUACCAGCCAUGGUGAACUCAGGGAUUCACGUGAUGAUGUAUUCCUACUAUGGUCUAUCAGCUCUUGGCCCUAAAGUUGCUCAAUAUUUAUGGUGGAAGAAGUACCUGACGAUCCUUCAACUGAUUCAGUUCACUUGUGCCUUGAUCCUGGGAAUGAAUGGUAUCAGAACUGGGUGUGAGUUCCCUCUUUGGAUGCAUUACACUCUGAUUAUAUACAUGGUGUCGUUCAUCGUGCUGUUCGGAAACUUCUACGUCAAAGCCUAUAUGGAAAAAGGUAGCCAAGUAUUUUUCGGAAUGGAUGUUGGUUGCGGCCAAGGCAAUACGUACAUGGAGAGGAACAAAAAUAUAUCGAUACAAUCGCACAAUGGAAUUCAAAAUGAUAUCGAGAAGAAAUACAUGUAG